GUCAACUUAAGUGCGGUGACCUGAACUCCAGGGUAAUUUGAAAUUUGACCUUGUUUAACGCGCGGCUCUACUAGCACAGAAUAUAUGCAUUGUACCCCCCUAACACGUAGUGAGGAAAACGAAAAACAUUUUAUUGAUGUUCCCCAAUGCCGCGCAUUCCCACUCGGACUCUUCUCAGAGCAUAUCAACAGAGUCCUCUACUGCCACUACUAUUACGAGAAUGUCGCUCACUCGAUUCAGCACGCAAUGAGCUUCGUUGGUUACGCGAGCGAGCACUUGAUAUCAGCAGAGCGAUGCACAGCAGAGGUGCAAUACAUAAACAUGUGUUUUCAGGGUGGAGGAGUUUGCUGAGAUUCAUGUGUCGAGAGCGCUCUCGGGGUGUACCCCUUCAGUACAUUCUUGGGGAUCAGCCCUUUGGGGAUCUUGAGAUAUUGUGCAGGAAAGAUGUGUUAAUCCCAAGGCCGGAAACAGAAUCCUUUACUAUACACACUGCCGACAUGAUCUUAAGGGAAGAGCGAGAACAUCGCCUUAUCAGGGGGUCUGAGACACCUUUCCGGAAGCAGUCUAUCCGUAUCAUAGACCUUUGCACCGGGACUGGGUGCAUAUCACUUCUUCUCCAUGCUCUUCUUGCAUCUCAUUUCGAACGGGUGCUCAUACUUGGUGUCGAUAUCAGCCCCGUGGCUAUCCAAUUGGCAAAAAUGAACCGCGAGCAUAAUAUUAGUUUGGGCUUGUUGUCGAAUCGUUCGGGGACCGAUGUUCAUUUUCGACAGGGCAAUAUUUUCGGCCGGUGUGAUCCAAAGAUAUCUAGCGCGGAUGAAGUCAUACAAGACUUCAUUCUGUCACAAGAUAUUACAUCAGGUGUCUUCAACAAUGAUAAUUUCAAAUGCGAUGUUUUAAUUUCAAACCCGCCUUAUAUCUCCCCUACGUCAUUCCGAAAUGGCACUACUGCACGUAGUGUCCGGAUGUUUGAGCCUGAACUUGCAUUAGUCCCACCUACCAGCAUGUAUGAUUCGAUGGCUGGAGUUUGCAGGCAGGAAGACAUAUUUUAUCAUCAUAUUGUUGCAUUAUCUUUCAGGUUACAGACCAGGCUAACUGUUCUUGAGUGUGGUGACUUCCAACAGGCACAACGUGUGGUUAUCAUCUGCAAUGCUUUUGCAGCCAAUGAGCCACAGUUAGAUAAAGUCACUGUGGAAAUUUGGCCGAAUGUUGAGGUAAAUAAAGGUGUUGGGCAUGAGGUAGAUGGGCCUUAUGCUGUCAUUCUUCAUGUACAAAAAAUCCUAUGAUGAUUUAUCAGUGCUAUUUGUAAGGUUAAUAACGGAUAUAUAGAUAAUAUGAUAUUCCUAUUAGAGCAGCGUCAUGGGCUGAAUACCUUCAACACUGUUAACACUUUACCUAGGAUUAAUGGCUGUUCAACUGCCACAUAUAUAGAG